AUGGGCUGGCUCUCGUUGACCGCCAUCUCCGCCUCCAUCUUGGCUGGCCUCGUCACGGCUGACACCUGCGCAUCCGUCAAGGGUCUCAGGAGAAUCGAGAGCUUCAAGAGCUCCCAGGAGCCUUAUAUCAUCGAACAGACCGACUACUGGUCUAUAUCCUGCGGUGCUCUAAAACCAUCCUGCAUCCUCUAUCCGUCCAACGCUCGCGAGGUUGCCAGCAUUCUUAAUAUCCUGAGCCACAACUACGACCACUUCGCCAUCAAGUCGGGAGGCCACAACCCCAACGACUACUUCGCUAGUAUUUCUCAAGGACCUCUGAUUUCCACCAAGAAGCUCGACAAGAUUGCGCUCAAUCACAAGACCGGCCGUGUUAGAGUCGGCCCCGGCAAUCGCUGGGAUGACGUGGCUAUCGCUCUUAACGGCACCGGCUGGACUGUUGUAGGAGGACGAAUUGGCAACAUCGGUGUCGGCGGCUAUCUUCUGGGCGGUGGCCUCUCAUUCCUUUCGCAGCAGUACGGAUGGGCCGUCUCAUCUAUCUUGGAGAUGGAGGUUGUGCUGGCAAAUGGCACUAUUGUUACAGCCAGUAAGACCAAGAAUACCGAUCUCUUCAAGGUUCUCAAGGGCGGCGGCAACAACUUUGGUAUCGUUACAUCUUUUCUGCUACAGGGCUAUAAGCAGGGUGAAGUCUACAGCGGCAAUCUUGUUUUCCCCCAAAGCAAAGAAAUAGAUGCCAAGCUUCUCAAGGCCGCCUCUGACUUUACAAAGUAUAACUCGGAUAACAAGGCAGCUAUUAUCCUCACAGCAAGCCGUACCAGCACAGUUGACGUCUGGGCUAUGUUCAUCUUCUACGACGGGCCUGUACCCCCGGCGGGUACCUUUGAUAACUUCACCCAGGUUGGGCCAAUUUCCAACACCAUCAAGAAACAGUCCUACGCCGACCUGAUGAUAGGCAAUAAUGCCUUCGUGGUGAAGGGAAUCAUCAAUACUAUUGCGACUGAGACCGUCCCGCUGCCGUCGGCUGUGGACGCGAGCAGCGCCGAGGUGCUGGGCGAUAUCCACCAACAUUGGCGCAAGAUCACAGAGAGCACCCUGAGCCUGGCUAAUAUCACGACUGUCAUCGGCUAUCAGCCCUUCCCUAGGCGCAUAGCUCAGAUCUCGCGAGAGAAGGGGUUUGAUCUUUUGGAUAUGGACGACGAUGUUGACCGCAUCCUUAUAGAGGUCAAUUACAGCUACCUCUUGCCAACAGAUACCAACAAGAUUGACAAGACCAUGAAGGAAACCUAUGGCGGUAUUCGGGAUCGAGUCCUAAAGUGGCAGGAUAAGGGUGUUUUGAAGAAAGACGCCUUCCUCCCGCUAGCUAUGAACGGCGGCUACUAUUCGCAAGAUUACUUUGGACGAUUGCGUCCUAAAAAUUACCAGUUGGCUAAGAAGGUAGCGGCCAAGGUUGAUCCCAAGGGGCUGUUUGAGGAUCGAACAGGCGGUUUCAAGCUUUGA